AUGAAGGCAUGGAGCCAGGAUUACUUUGGAUACAUGUUCCGGCUGACACAUGGCGCUGGCAGCCUCCAUGGCAAGCUGUGUCUAGCCUUCUUUGGCUGGAAGAGGACUGCUGAUGUUGGAAUCUCAAGAGAACCAAAGUUCAUUUCCAAGAGACGGGUACCCCACCAUAACCCACAGAUUUCCAAGUCUUUCGAAUGGACAGCAGAUUGUGAUUUGGAUGACCCACAGGAAACUGAAGCUCUUCAGACUGCAGAAUUGCAGAGGGACAACAAUAACAAUGAAAUGAAUCAGGAAAAGAUUGAAACACCAGAAGGACCCAGGCUCCCCCCAAAAGAUCAGUCACGUUCUGCAGAUUCUGGGGCUCAAACAGCUCUUGCUCUUCCAGAAAACAACAUGAGGAGAUCACCGUCUGCAGCUCCACCAAAUCAGAGUGAAGCACUUGAAUCUCCAAAAAAGGAAUUAGAAAAAGUGGAAAAUGGGCUUCACAGAGUCCUUCAGAGGAAAGCAGGCAUGAAUAUUUCACCUUUAAAUACUUUUCCUAGAAAUUCUGAAUAUCAAAGCCAGUUUGUUUGGAAGAGUCCUCAUGAAAAGUCUCCAAUACUUGCGGCUGAACAGGUAAUUCACAAUGUGAGUAAAUCCGUCCCUCCUUUUAAAUCUGCAAUUACUGAUGAAACUGAAUAUGAGACAAAUAUGAAAAGGUCUCCUGUUAAGAGUCCACAACUGAGAUGUGAUUCAGAAGAGAAAGAAUUUCCGGUUUGUGAACAAAAUAAAAGGAAAGAACCGUUUCAAAGGCCAACAGAAGAUGCAUCAAAACAAGAGAAAAAAUCAGAACAGAAACAUCCUAAACAAAAAAAUAAGCAACAUAUCAGUCAGAAACCCCUCUCUUUACAUACAAGUCGUGGGAAGAUGAACACUGAGUAUAGAUCAAAAUUUUUAUCUCCAGCUCAGUAUUUGUACAAAGAUGGAGCAUGGUCUCGGAUCAGGAAUAAUGUUCCCAGUCAGGUGUCUCAAAACACCUUAAAUUCCAUGUGGUAUAUGGAGGUGAAAGAGCUUCGAGCCAGAGCAAAGGCUUACAGGCAACGACUAGAGGGCACACACUUCUCCCGACACCAUCUCAAUCAGAUUCUCUCCGACAACAACAGUCUCUGGGAUGUGUCAAGUUCCAGUUCAGAAGAGGGCAUCAGCAACAACAUCAGGGCACUGGAUCUUGCUGGAGUUUCUGAAAAAGAGACUUCACCAAGCCCCAAAGCGCUGCAACAGCCUGGCACAGGAGAAGAGCUGCACCAGGACAACCCUGAGAAGAAGGACCUGUCAAAUGCCUCCACUGUUCCAGUCAAAAGGCGUUUAGUUUGGGGUGAACAGGAAGGUACUGAAGGAGGAGACCAUCGGCCCUCAACAGAAGAGGAAGAAAAAGAAAAUGAGCCAGUUGCAAGCAUGGCUCAGGACUUAGAGGAUAAGGAUGGCACCGAGGAUAAAAAAAACGAAGGGGAGAAGGCCUUGGAGCUGAAUUCCUCUCCAUCAGAUUCUUCUGUGUCCUCAGGGGCAGGUGGCAGGCUUCCCACUCCAAAGCUCAGAGCUCUCGGUGGUGCUCAGAGGACCCACCUUGAUCUUACCACUCCAGUUGUUGGAGGUGCGGUUUUAGUGUCUCCUCCAAAGUCCAAGUUGUCAUCUCCACAGUGGAGAACAAGAGGUUUAGGAACGAACCGUUCUCCAGCUAAGGAAGGAGUAAGAGAAGCUUCAAAAAGAAGAUCCUGUAGGCCUGCUACAGAGGUGGAUGCUGUUUCACUCCUCACCUCCCCACCUGCUGGCCUGGGAACGUUGGAUCCUUUGCCCUUGAGGCAGGAUCAGUGGCCGGGUGAUGAGCGAGUUCCUCCCGCUUCGGAGCGUGCGGAGCGCCCCUCUCCUCCUGCUGUGCCGAGGGCAGCCCACAUCCGCUCUGUGCCUUCUUGGAGGCCCUCUUGUCGUAUCCAAGGGACUCUCAAAGACCCAGAAUUCCAGCAUAAUGGGAAUGUUGUGAGUCCCAGAAUUAGAUCUUUUCAGCUACCACUUCAGGAAAGAAACUGCAAUGAUAACGAUGACAGGCUGUCUCAGAUCUCUGCUCGCUCUGCAGCUUCUAGCUCACUGGCCUCUCAGGUAUUGGAACGAGCUCAGAAGAGGAAGGAAGAUUUCUGGGGCAAGACAUAAUUUCUCCCACCUGUUUUAUAUUAACUGUCCUGUGAAAUGAUUUAUUUUU